AUGGAGAAAGAAGAAAGAAGGAUGCAGACAGAGGAGACGUCCAGUGAUAAAGAGAUGGAACUUGUGCGUAUGAAGAUAAUAAAGGCACGUGCAAGAUUGGGCACGUCUUUGAUGGACAUUCCGACUGGUCGUGAGUACGACUCGCCGCCCGAUAAAUCGGACGAAUUAGUGCACAAAGCACUGAAGAAGACGUGCAAUACGACGUUGUUGGUGCAUCCGACAGUAAAGACAGAAGAGGAUUCUGUGGUCCGACAUGAGGACAAGUUGGGAAUACUGACGGGUGUGAAUGUUGCGUUCUGCCAGAGUGAGGAAAAAGACAAGUGUGCUCCGCAAGUCGGGACUCUAAAAGGCAUGUGUCUUUCAACCAUAAAGCAGGAUUUGGGAAGCAAUGACCAGAAGGAGACAAAACACCAUCAUUCAAUUAGUAGUGUCAUCGUGAACGCUGACGUUUGUACAGCAUCGCCUUUGACCCAACUUGUAGUGAGCCCCACUGCCAUUCCAGUGGAUUCUGGGUUAGAAGGCAAACAAUUGACCGGUGGUGGUGAGGAGCAGAUUAAGGCAUUAGCGUCAUUUUCCGCACAGUCAGCAACAAAUGCAACGCCACCACAGUCACCGAUGUCAGCACCUAAUCGAACCUCAAGUGAGGAUGGAUUUGUCUCAACUCCUGAAGCUAAAAGGGAACCACGCGAUGAAGUGAUGAAGCCUGAAAUUAUUGAAGAAGCAAGAACGGAGCGAGCCGACCAUCUCUUUCUCAAUGAAUUCCUCAUUGCAGAACUUGAAGCGUAUUGCUUCCGAUUACUCAGAAGAGAAUGCUCAAACAAUGGGUCGUCCGAUGUGAGUGAUCUCGCUCGGAUAACCGGCUUGCAGCUUUAUCAGGACCACCAGCGAGCUCUCAUGGAUUUCGAUGACGAAUGGAAAAGGUCUCACGCUGAUAGUUAUCGAGACUAUUUGCCACCGACUUCCAACGAACCUACAGUGGCACCGGCAAAUGCUCGCACGAAUCCAUUUCAACAGGAUUCUGCGAUCACAACUGGCGUAGGCGGUUGGACAGCGCUAGUAAAUCAAGUGAGAGCUUCUAGCAUGAAGUCGAAUUUAGCAGAGGCUUUGCCGUCACCUGAAGUGAAUGUUCAAGAAGGUAUCGAAGAUCUGUUUGUUGCGUAUAAACAAGGAUCGAAUGGAAUUAUUGUUGGCGGUGAUAAUUUUCACAAGGAGCGUUUACAGGUCAGUGCUUUUCUGGCCCAGAUUGCAUUAAGUCAAAACACCUCAGCGUUUCACAUUAUCGUGGCUGCUGGUUCUGACCUCGCACAAUGGGAAAAGGCAUUGUCAUCUGAGCGGCUUAUUCAAUCGUACCCAUAUUGGGGAAGCAAGCAAGAUCGCCAAAAUUUGCUGCAAUUGCUAAGCAAUGAGUAUUUCUCAAGCCGAAAUCUGUCAGCGCACGUUCUUCUAACCAGCUAUGAAGUUUUUAUGGAAGACAUAUUGGUCGUGACCUCACUACAGUGUCAACUCAGCAUCAUUGACAUUCCACGACAAGCCACUGACCAAAUUGCGACGAUCUGGUCACAGUUGCUUUCGCUUCGAUGCCGUCAACGCUUGUUGCUAUGUCAACCCGGAUUUGAGAUUGACGCGCGCAGAUUAUUACACUUUCUCGUGCCUGAGCUGUUUAGUUCACGGCGAAAGCUAUUGGCAUGGAACGGUGCAGCCUUUCACAAUGACCAAGUGUGUGCUAUAUGUGGCAUGGUGAAGGCCUUUAUGGUUAUCUCCAAUGAGAAAGCUUGCGCUGCAUUUUUGUCGAUGGUGGAGUCAUACACUAUGCAAAAUUGCGAAGGUGAAAUGGCUACUUUGGAUAUGCUGAAUAGGCAAGGCAUUGUAAGGGCAAUACAACCAUCAAUCAUGAUGCCUGUGAAGCGCGUACUAGGCAAAAAGACUCGUAACCGCGCUAGCGGGCACAUCCCUGCGAAGGGAAAGAUGGAAUUGCAACAAGGUGCGUUUGGUCUCGUGGAUUCGCAGCUUACCAUCAAUGCCCCGAAUAAUUAUCUGAAGAAGCGAAGUGGAAACGAUGGGACACCUGGCUCCCGCCAGCGUAUUGGUCGUUGCGGAAAAUGCGCUGGAUGCUUGGCCGAGGACUGUAUGAAAUGUGGACACUGUCAGGAUAUGAAAAAAUACGGUGGACCCGGACUUCGAAAGCAGUCUUGUAAGUACCGGAAGUGCCUAAACCCGAAGAUAUGGGGGUUGGCUUCCCGAAAGAGGAAACGCAAGACAAAACGUGUUGGCGGUAUCAGCAGUGUAAAGGUCUCGGAGCUUGAUGACGAAGGCUUUGUAGCGUACUCUUCAGCGGAAAGCGAUGGGGAGUCUGUAUCAACCGCGACGUACGGGAACGGUGGCUCGGAUGAUGAAUCGUUUCGAUAUUCAGACGUUACGGUGGACUCUCCACGUGACUUGUUAUUGCCGACGAGCGACACCCUUCUGGACGACCAUUUAUCUCUUAGCGACUUGAGUUCUCGAUCUGCGUCUGCGCGUUCGCGUGUCGUUCGAUGUGGAGAAUGUCAAGGGUGUCAUGCACCAGACUGUAUGAAAUGCCCCCAUUGCCUUGACAUGAAGAAAUACGGGGGACCUGGACUUCGGAAGCAAACAUGUAAAAAUCGCAAAUGUAAUGCCCCUAAGACUGUCAUGUUAAACCAGGCAAAGGGCGGUCACGCUCAGUACGUGGAUGAGAUAGGCAACGUGGUUUACACCGGUCUGAAUGACAGUACUUUUCCAGGGUUCUAUGAGGCCCCCGAUUCGUCGGACCGGCUAGAAGCAACAACGAAGUCACUAGGUAUUGAAAGUCAGUCAGGAGUGCUGUCGGUUGCUCAAGAAUUGGAGCGUUAUGUGAAGCCACGACUAGCUUUUGUGUGUAUGGAUUGUGCUGCACGCUUCAGCUCGAGCAAGGUGCUCACUUUUCACGUCAAGGUCGAGCAUUCGUCUUCAGCAGAACAUGUAAUUUUGCCGUCGGCGUUGGAGCAAAAGGCUAAUCGGCUGUUUAAGCGACCGAGUUAUCAGAAUGCCAUGAUUAGUGCUCAACUCAAGCAGCAGGAUGAAAAGUCAUAUAGCUCGCCCCUCGGAUAUGCAAAGUUGGAGGGUGAGAAUUUUCAGUUCUACGUUAUCGAUCCACUGGUCAUUCUUGGACGUAUGAGCUCUCAGUGGUGUCAAUUGUACGAAAAUCUGGGUUUCGACACCCUCAAGGGCCUCGCUGAUAACAAUGUUGAUUGCCACAUUGGAAACGAUAGCACGAUUCCAGCCCAGCACGCUGUGAUCUCAUGGGAUGCUGGUCUUGGCAAUUUUGUGAUUGAGUGUUUGAGUCUCCGAACGCCGAUUUUCGUAAAUGGCCGCGAAAUUAGUUUUUCUUCACUUCCAGUGGUGCUAAGCAGUAAAAAUCUGGUGCAAAUUGGUAUGAGUAGUUUCUACUUCCUAUUGCCCAAGACGAUGAAGACAAAAAGCGCCAUCGAAGAAACAAGUUAA